ACACCGGCGGAUGCCCGACAUUCCUAUGUACAUAGUAAAGACAGGGACGGGGCUGCGCACGGUCCCUAGGAUCGAUAUCUAUUGUCGGACAUGAAUUGAACUGACUUUCUAGGAGGGAUGGUCCAUUCAAGAGUGUUCAUCUCAUCAGACUUCCUCUUCUGUGUUGCUGGCCACCAAUUGGCUUGGUUGCCUGUUACUUAUCCGAAUAGUCCCGGUCAAUGCUUAGUGCCCAUGGCUAGCUGGUCCUAUCAGCGUGUGGAGUGCGACAGAGGCAAAUAUGGGUUGAUUCUGUGUAUCCUGUCUGGACCAUCUACGGUCGUUAACAAUACCACUGCAUCAUGCACGACAACACGUCGAGCUUUUUGAAGGGUUGGGCAAAUAACCGGGUCUGGCCAAGUUCUUCCAACUGUUGUGUCUCAGUUUCUAUCAAUGGAAUCGGCCACCUCACAUUGUAGCU